GCAUCAUCACUUUGAAAAAAGCCUGAAAUGGCACCUCGCAUUUCCAGAGUCUCUUUUUCUGUUUUGGUUGCUUCCCUGGUCCUUCCCUUGUUUUUCCCAGAAUGUUCUUCUUCUUCUUCUGUGCUCAUUGCAAGAGAAUCAGCCCCAAAAUCAGAUGUUGAUCUUUUAGAAUUCCCUCUGAACUUAGAAUACUUGGAGGCUGAGUUCUUCUUGUUUGGAGCUUUGGGUCAUGGAUUGGAUGUGGUUGCUCCAAACCUGGCCGGGGGAGGACCUCCUCCCAUCGGUGCCAAAGCUGCCAAACUUGACAAAUUUUUCAAGGAUGUCAUAUUGCAGUUUGGUUUGCAAGAAGUCGGACACUUGAGGGCCAUAAAGAGCACAGUGAAAGGAUUCCCCAGGCCUCUGCUGGAUCUAAGCCCUUCAUCGUUUGCCAAAGUAAUGGAUAAUGCGGUUGGGAGAACUCUGAGUCCACCCUUUGACCCCUAUGCUAAUUCAAUCAACUUUCUUCUUGCUUCUUACGUUAUUCCCUAUGUUGGCCUCACUGGCUAUGUUGGUGCCAAUCCAAAGCUGCAAAAUGCUACUUCCAGGAAGCUUGUGGCAGGGCUCCUGGGAGUAGAAUCAGGACAAGAUGCAGCUAUAAGAGCAUUUUUGUAUGAACGGAAAACGCAAUCGGUGCAUCCCUAUGGAUUGAGCGUGGGAGAGUUCACAGAUCGCAUUUCAAGUCUCAGGAACAAGCUAGGAAAAGCAGGUUUGAAAGAUGAGGGUCUUGUGGUUGCUAAGGAGUAUGGUGCUGAGACGGAAGUUAAUGGAAACAUUCUGGCUGGUGACAGAGAUUCAUUGGCAUAUUCAAGAACCCCAGAGGAAAUAUUGAGGAUAAUAUAUGGAACAGGUGAUGAACAUGUUCCUGGUGGCUUCUACCCUAAAGGAGCAAGUGGUCGCAUAGCAACACCUUACUUGAAGCAUUCCAUCUAAAGCUUCAGCAUUUGCUUUACAACUUGUGGCUUCAAUCAAACUGUUGUGGUUAUUCUACUGCAGUAAGCUAGUAUAAUAAGAAUGCUACUUUCUACUUUGGUUA